AGGUGCGUUUGAUUCCCACACUGUGAGAGCCCGCCGAUGUAGCCUAUCACUGCUGCUCUCUCUCUCAUCCGCCGGCUGAGGGACCGAAAGCAGCCUGCGAGAGAAACCGCGAGGAGGGGAGAGAGGAAACGGAGCGACGGAGAUGGCGAGCAUCAACAUGGGGCUGAGACCGCUGCUGCUGGGGCUCGCGUGGGUCCUCAUGGUCGUCCUAACGCCUCAUGUCCAAUGUCUAAAUGGCGACGAGGACCAGAGCCAGGACACCGAGUGUAAGAUGAAGAGCGUCACCGUGUCGGCUUUGCCGUUUUUGAGGGAAAACGACCUCAACAUCAUGCACAGUCCGUCGGCCUCCGAGUCCAAGCUGCUGUUCUCCGUUCGAAACGAUUUUCCCGGAGACGUCGUGGUGGUGGACGACCUGGAAAACACCGAGCUCCCUUUUUUCGUCUUAGAGAUCUCUGGGAAUUCAGAGGACAUCCCUCUGGUGCGCUGGAGACAGCAGUGGCUGGAGAAUGGCACUCUGCUCUUCCACAUCCACCACCAGGACGGCAGCAUGAACCCCCCGGAGCCGACCGAAGACCCGGCCAACGAUUCGGCAAAGGAGGAGCUCCGCAUCCUGCACAUCUCUGUCAUGGGUGGGAUGAUCGCCCUUCUGCUGUCCGUCCUGUGCCUGGUCCUGAUCCUCUACACCCGCAGGCGCUGGUGUAAACGCCGUCGCAUCCCUCAGCCCCAGAAGAGCGCCAGCGCUGAGGCGGCUAAUGAGAUCCACUACAUCCCCUCCGUGCUGAUGGGAGGCCAGGCCCGGGAGAGCUUGAGGAACUCUCGGGGUCAGGGGCCGAACUCCAGCGGUACCCUCAGCAUCCGGGAGACACCGAUUUUGGAUGGGUAUGAGUAUGACAUUACAGACCUGCGUCACCAUCUGCAGCGGGAGUGUAUGAACGGUGGCGAGGAGUUUGCCAGCCAAGUCACCCGUACCUUGGACUCCCUCCAGGGCUGUAAUGACAAGAAUAAUAUGGACCUCACACCUGUGAGUGACAACACCAAGCUGGCCCUAAUGAACAAAUACAAGGACAACAUCAUCGCCACUAGUCCAAUCGACAGCAACCACCAGCAGAACACCCUGCUUCCACACAACACCUCCACCAGCCAACGCAAACGUCUCUCCAGCAACACCCGCGCGGGUUCAACUUUCUUGAACCCAGACGGGGACUCUGGAACGGAGGCAGACAGCGAGCCUCAGCUGGCCUUUUACACCGACCCAAACCGCAGUCGCCGCCGGAGUCGAGGUAUGAGAAAUGGUAACGCCAACAGCGCGUGGGGCUCAGGGGCAGGUUCCCCCCGGAGCCCCAUCAAUAAGACCACCCUGACUCUGAUCAGUGUCAUCAGCUGCGUGAUCGGCCUGGUUUACUCCUCUCACCUUUCCUGCACCCUCGCCGUCCGAGUAAUCCUCCAUGUGCCGGAGCACCUCAUCGCUGACGGAUCAAGGUAUAUUUUGCUGCAGGGGAGCCAGUUGGACGCCUCAGACUGGCUGAACCCGGCCCAGAUCUUGUUGUACUACCAGCAGAACGCCAGCGGGCCCUGGGUCAACGAGCUGUGUGGGCGACGCCUCCUGGACCCCUGUGAGCACCAGUGUGAUCCGGAAACAGGAGAAUGCCUUUGCCUCGACGGCUACAUGAAAGACCCGGUCCACAAGCAUCUCUGCAUCCGCAGUGAGUGGGGGCCCAAUCAGGGGCCCUGGCCUUACACCAUAUUUCAGCGCGGUUUUGAUCUUGUGAUGGGAGAACAGCCCUCUGAUCGCAUUUUCAGAUUCACUUACACCUUAGGGGAAGGGAUGUGGCUGCCGCUGAGUAAAAGCUUUGUCAUCCCCCCUGCCGAGCUCGCCAUCAACCCAUCAGCCAAGUGCAAGACGGAUAUGACAGUCAUGGAGGACGCGGUGGACGUACGAGAGGAAUUGAUGAUCAGUUCAUCCUUUGACUCGUUGGAGGUUCUCCUGGACUCGUUUGGGCCCGUCAGAGACUGCACCAAAGACAACGGAGGCUGCAGCCGCAACUUCCGCUGCAUAUCUGACCGAAAGCUGGACUCCACCGGAUGUGUGUGCCCUCUGGGGUUGAGUCCUAUGAAGGAUGGGACUGGGUGCUACGACCACCACAUAGGCAUCGACUGUUCCGACGGUUUCAAUGGAGGAUGUGAGCAGCUGUGUCUCCAGCAGCUGGCUCCUCUAGAGGAUGACCCAACACUCUACAACAUCCAGAUGUUCUGUGGGUGCAUCGAGGACUACAAGCGCGGUCCAGAUGGGAGGUCAUGCCUGCCGCUGUCGGAGGCCUGCACCGAGGGAAUAGACUGCGGGGAGGCAGUGGACAUCCCCGCUAACCAGACAGUGUUCGGAGACCUUUUCUACGGAUACAACAACCACACCAAAGAGAGCACCACCGGACAGAUCCUCAAGGCCACAUUCAGGCAGAAGAACUUUGCCCGAGGCAUCGAGCAGCAGCUCCCAGAUGGCAUGGUGGUGGCAUCGGUGCCAAUGGAGGUCCAGUGCCACGAGGAGCUGUCUGACCCUGUUCCGGACCCAGAGUACCUCACAGGUAUGGUGAACUACAGCGAGGUGUCUGGCUACCCCCUUGUUCAGCACUGGAGUCUUCGUUCUGUGCAGUACCACGUCAAACUCAAUCAGUGGGUCCUCUCUCAAGCCUUUAGCUCGGCCAUUCAUUCUCUGGACGGGGCCACGCAGCGGAGCGACUUUGUCUCCAUCCUCAGGGAGUUUGGGAACCAUUAUGUGCAGGAGGCAGUGUACGGCUUCCAGGAGUCCUGUACCAUCUGGUACCCCAACAAACAGGUCCAGAGACAGCUGUGGCUGGAGUACCAGGACAUCAGCAAAGGCAACUCGCCUUCGGAGGAGUCCGAGGAGCGCGACAAGGAGCCGAGGACGCUGACCUACCCCGCGUACAUCGCCAGUCUGCUGGACACGGGUGCGAAGCGCAUGGCUGCCGGUGUCCGUAUGGACUGCAACAGCCAGGGCCAGUGCCCGCGCUCCUGUCACCUCUGCCACAUGAGCCCGAGGGUGGUGCAAGGGCGGCAGCAGUCCGAGCCUGUCCUGCUGCAGAUCACCAAGGCCGCGCCCAUCUUUGAACUGGUGUCCAACAAUGAGACCUACCAGGCUCUUCAUGAAGCGAUGAUGAGCAUGCUGUGGUGUUCGGGGAAAGGGGAUGUUAUCGAUGACUGGUGUCGGUGUGAUUCCAAUGCUUUUGGCACAGAUGGACUUCCCACCUGCGCCCCACUUCCCCAACCUAUGCUGAAGCUGUCUUACACCUACGAGCCCAGCAGUUCAUUGGUCAUCAUGGAGUGGAACCACACCGAGCCACCAAUCGGCGUGCGGAUUGUUGAUUACCUUAUUAGCCAGGAGAAGGUGACAGAGAGGACCGACCACUCCAAAGUUGAGACAGAAACCCUUUUGAGCUUUGUGGAUGACAUCUUGUCUGGGGCCAGGUCGCCAUGUGUGAUGUUAGGGGACAUCCCCAACCUCCUGUCCUCCUCCAUCAGCAUGAUCAUUCGCUGCCUGGAGCCUGACACCACAUACAUGUUCCGGCUGUGGGCAGUAGACAACACAGGGCGCCGUUCUAGUCCAAGUGAAGUCACUAUUAAAACUCCGUGUCCAACUGUGGAUGACGUCAAAGCACAAGAAAUAGCGGAUAAGAUCUACAACCUGUUCAAUGGUUACACCAGUGGGAAGGAGCAGCAGACGGCCUACAACACUCUGAUGGAUCUGGGUGCUCCGACACUUCGCCGCGUGCUCUACCACUACAACCAGCGCUACGAGAGCUUCGGGGAAUUCACCUGGAGGUGUGAGGAUGAGCUGGGACCCAGGAAGGCCAGCCUCAUCCUCUCCCAGCUAGAUGAACUCUCCCCGUGGUGUAAGGGUCUUCUUCAGGAGCCGAAGAUCGGCCUCCGCAGGAUGUCCCUCAAGUUCCUGUCCUGCCGUUACACUGACAGCAAGGCCUUUGGGCUGAACUGGUCGGACAUGGGCCAGGACGUAUACAAGGCCUGUGACGAGCAGACGCUCACAGUCAUGUAUAAUGACUACGGCGAGCCCAAGGAGCUGUGAAAAGAUUAAAGGGUUAGAUGUGUACAGGAAUGUGGGAGAUUUGUCAAACCCAACAAAGAAACACAUAAAAUGCAGGUUUCACAUUUGUUUCCAUAAGCUAUUUGCAUUCAUGGUGUCAUAAGCAAAGAAAGACAGACCUAUAGUAUUCAAUGCACUUAUAUUUUAGAACAACAAAUAACUUAGAGGGACAAAACAUAAGGCCAUGCAUUUUAUUUCACUGUAUUUCUUUGUUGGACUCAACAAUCUCCUCUUUAAAUGUUGAUACAUAAAAGGAACUUGUUGUUUUACCCCUUUGUUGCGAACGUCUGACAUCUUAAUAGUCUAAUCUAUAUGGGAAAGUGCUAUUUCAUUUGGCUUCUUUAUAUUCAGUCAGAUAUUAAAAGGUCCGAUCUGGGAUAUUAAGGGUUACACAUGAGCUCAUUUGUGCCUGUUUAGAUCUAAACUUCCGCACAUCUUUAGAAACUUUGGUGAAAAAUUACAAAAGGCAACUCUUGAUGUCAAACGUGGCUUAAAACGGAGAGCGAUUGUGACAUUUUAGGUUGCCUAUAUCCAUCCUACAGCCUCGAUAAGCCCUGUCUCCUAAAUCUUCCGUUCCCAUACAACUAAACUGCAUUCUCAGUUGUUUCAAGAGAAACUUAUUUGUCCCAGAUUAAGUUUGUUAUGACUUAUUUUUAACGAAGUUAUGUAACAAACAUACUUAUUUGAACCCAAACCAUAAUCUUAUCCUGUACCUAACCAAAUAGUUUUGUUUCAAUUCACAACAUUAACCAUGUGUUUAAAACUGUUUCACAACAUGCACCUGUUGUUGGUACGAGGAUGGUUUAUCUAAGAGAAAAUACUUUUUUCUCGAGACAUAAAUGAGAAUGCAGUUUACUUGUAUGGGAAAAAAUAAUGUCCAAAUGAAGCUUCAUGAACCAUUAGUCGUAUUUGUUGACCCCACUAGACGGCGCUCUUGGUUUAAAGAAAAAGGCUCAAGGAACGGCAAUUCAGUGUGCUUUCAACCCUUUGUUGAAGAGAGAGCGCCAUCUGGUGGGCUCAGAAAAUGGUUCAAAAAGCGUCAUUUGGCUAUCACUAAUGGGAACAAGUUUGCCCGGAUACAGCUAGCUGCUUCUUAGACCCGACCUAAAGUCAACGCUUUGUUCUUGUAAAGUUUUCAUAAAGGAUCCAGGAGUUUCUGGGUCUUUUAAAGAUUUAAAAUUCAUUGUAGCUUCAGUUUCACUGGUACAUUCCAACCAUUGGUAAAUAUUUUACAGCUUCUGAUUCUUGCCAUACUCAUUUAUUAUGAAUAGCUGCAACAAACCCAGUGGGUGAACACUUCCUGGUAGUGAUGGCCAAAUAAAGCCUCAUGAAGCUUUGUGAACCAUUUUCUUUAUUUUCUGAGCCCACUAGAUGACGCUCUUGGUUUAAAGAAAAAGGCUCAAGGAAUGGCUUUUCACUGUGCUUUCCACACUUUGCUCAACAGAGAACCAUCUAGUGGGCUCAGGGAACAAAAGAAAAUGGUUCAUGAAGCUUUAUGAGGCUUAAUUUGGCCAUCACUACUCAGGGCUAAAACAUCAUGUAUCUCAGCUGUGAUUGGUUAUUGGCUGCUGUAUUGUGUAGAGUUGCUUAUACAGUUUUCUCUUCUCUUUUUACAUAUUUUGAAUGAAGUCAACCUCUGAACUAGUACUUACAAACCUGGUUUUGUCAUUCAAACAUGUUGAAAAGUUAAUACAGUGCAAGAUAUUUAAAAAAAGCCAGUAUUUUACAAAGUUAUCCAUGUUUCUAUGAAAAAGGCGAGGUAGCAUGUAAACACAGAUUUUAUUAGAAAGGUAAAUAAUAAGAGAGGAUGGUCUGCUGAGUUAUUUUAGUAGUAUAGACUAAAAAACAAACUUGUACAUAGCAUUAUCAUAAAAGUUUUAGUGAUAUAACCUGCUGAAUGUAGUAUUAAUAGCUUGCAUUUAUAAGUGAAGCUGUUAUAAAGGAGGUUUACUAAAUAAACAGGCAUCACAGAGUGAAUACACAGGUCUGUUCAUUUUCUCUACACAUUCAAUAAAACCUGCCAAACCGUUUCUUUUAUGGUUUUCACAUUCAAAAUCAAACCAAUGAACCACUGUUAGAAGUGAUAAUUCUGUAUUGAAACUGCAAAUUAACAGUGUCUUAAUGUUUUCAACUGCUUCUCUAUAUGAUUAAACUUCAUGCAACAAUGUCUUUACAAAGCUUUAUGCAACAUUUCCACUAAUACUGUGUGUUUAUUGUGAGUAUAUUUUAACUUUUAUAUGACCUCUAUUUGUUCCGUUAUCAUUUUAUCAUUGUGCAGUGACCAUGUUGGAGAUUGAUGUCAAAGAAAUGCAAAUUUAUAUUAUUUGUUGAUUUUGAACAAAUCUCAUGUGAAUACUAAAAUGAACACUUGUAGAUUUUUGUAUAGGCAGCAAAGUAUUUCAUAAAUGCAUCACAUUAUAUCACAGUUGUUUUUCUUCUGUAUAUAAAUAUACAACAGGUGGCAUUUUACAUAACACUUCAGUGUGCUUUAGUAGAUACAAUAUUGUAUUGUAAUAUCUCCUGUGUAGCUUAGUACAGCAAUUGGAUUAAUCUGCUCUAUUGCAGUUGUGAUGUAAAGAGCAGAGGGCUCUACUUUUUGUGAUUUAAACAUGAGAUCCAUUAUCUGAAACUGGAUUGUGAUUGGUUGAUUAAAAGAUUACUGUAUAAUUUUUUUUUAAAUAGUAAAAUGACAAACUAAUUAAGUGUAAUUGAAAAUAAGGCAACAUAACUUUUGAGAUGUAAACCAACCAUCUACUAUCUGCAUGAUAUUAUUGUCUAGACCAUCUGUGGCUAUUAUAAACUUUUUUCACUUUGAUCUUUGCUACUUCAAAAAACAAUAAAGAAUAUAUUAUGAAAA